AUGGGUCGAACGGGCUCCGACGCGGAGAAAACGCCGAGCGGCGCCGGGACACCCAAACCGCCCUCCGCGUCAGGUAGCUCCAUCACGUCAAAACCAAGGUUCGACUAUACCCAUCGUACUCUCAAGGCGAGACACAUUCAGCUCAUCGGUAUUGGUGGCACCAUUGGGACCGCCUUAUUCGUUCAAAUCGGUCAAGCAUUCUGGUGCACUUUUGUCCUCGCUGUUACCCUGUGUAUGGCCGAGAUGGUAACAUAUCUCCCCAUAUCCUCCCCUUUCAUCCGGUUCGCGGGCCGCUUCGUCGACGAGGCCUUUGGAUUCGCCGCGGGUUGGAACUUCUUCGUCUUUGAGGCUAUGUUAGUGCCCUUCGAGAUCGUGGCCUGCAACAUGAUUCUCCAUUUCUGGACGGACGCCAUCCCCACCGCCGCCGUCAUCGUCAUCAUCUCCGUGCUGUACCUAUUAAUCAACGUCAUCGCCGUCGAAUGGUACGGCGAGACCGAGUUCUGGGCCGCAAUCGGCAAGGUCAUCCUGGCCGUCGGCCUCAUCUUCUUCACCUUCAUCGUCAUGCUCGGCGGGAACCCCAAACACGACCGCUUUGGCUUCCGCUACUGGAAAGAUCCGGGCGCGUUCGCCGAGCUCUACUACAAUGGAUCUCUAGGCGGAAAACCCGCGCCACGUGCUCCCCGCGCCUUCAACGCCGUCUUCUACCGCCUCACCACCUUCUUCGUCCUCGGCGCCCUGUGCGUCGGCAUCCUCGUGCCCUACAACUCGGAGGAGCUGACGGCCGCCCUCCGCGAAGGGGAGCCGGGUGCGGCGGCCUCGCCCUACGUCAUCGCCAUGCGCCGUCUGGGUAUCGGCGUGAUGCCUGAUGUCGUUAAUGCACUCGUCCUCACGGCCGCCUUCUCCGCGGGCAACUCGUACGUGUUCUGCGGCUCGCGGUCCCUGUACGGCCUCGCGCUGGAGGGCAAGGCGCCGCGCUUCCUCCUCCGCUGCACCCCCAAUGGCGUGCCCAUCUACUGUGUUCUUGCCGUCCUGGCCUUUGGCAUGCUCGCCUUCCUGCAGCUGUCGUCAAGCUCGGCUGUCGUGCUAAGCUGGCUCGUCUCGCUCGUCACCGCCUCGCAACUGCUCAAUUUUGCCGUCUCGUGCCUGUCGUACCUCUGCUUUUACCGCGCGCUCAAGGCUCAGGGGAUCGAUCGGCGAUCGCUGCCCUACAGGGCGUGGUUCAUGCCGUAUGCGGCGUGGUAUGGGUUUGUCGGCACGUUCGUCAUGAUAUAUACUAUGAUCAUGCUAUUUCCAGUCCUCUACCUCGGCUGGAAGAUUGUCCACAAAACAAAAAUAUAUAAGCCGUACGAGGUUGACUUGCGAAAGGAUCUCGAUGCGAUUGAGGAAUAUGAGAGGACUUAUAUCCCACAGCCUCCCAAGUACGCGCUCUUACCUCAUCCGACGUCUAUCUACAAUCUCACCUUGCUCGCCUUGUCCGGUAUCGCGACGGCCCAGAACCAUUUCGUUUUCCCGCCCGAGGGGGCCCGAUGGCAUCAAGUGCCCAGCCCAGCUCCCACGUCGUUUUCGUGGACGGUCACCCCACUCACUGACGCCAAUGAUGAGUAUCGACUUUCGCCGGUCCACUUCCUGAUCCGUCUCGAAGAUGCCGUCGGGUUUAAUUCCCAGUACGUGGUGCUCGAGGCGGCGGAGCAGGCCUCCACAACCGCCGCUAGCCGCAUGCCCGGCUCCACUCCCACCUCUAGCGCCGGCGCCGAAACCUCGACGUCCGGCUCCGCUUCGAACCCCGGUUUCGGCUCGAACAACGGGCCCGACGGGGAUCGUCGGUAUGAUCCGUCCAGUUCGUCGAAUACGCUUGGACUCAAGCUCGGCUUGGGCCUUGGAAUAUCGCUGGCCUUUGUUAUUGGUGCCGUGAUUGGCUUUUUCGUGAGGCGGCGGUACUUGGCAAAGGCUUCCCGGGGCACAAGUGAACCCAAGCUCGAUGGAAGCGUGCAAGUUAUGGCCGGGGUGAAGCAAGCAGUGCCAGUCCCGCCACCGCCUCCUGGACGACACGAGGCGGGCGGUGCUCCCAUUCAUGAGCUAUACUAG